AUGGCUGCCUGCAAGGAACUUACCGCUAAUUUGGUCCACGAUUUUCUAUCCUCUAUUGACACGAUUCUUUGUGACUGCGAUGGAGUGUUAUGGGGACAUGACACUGCAUUACCCGGAGCUGCAGAAACACUCACUAAAAUGCGGCGUCUGGAAGAAAUUGUCUGCCCGGCGUUUACUGCUGCUUCCUAUCUUAAGUAUUGUUUAAAAUUUACUGGUAAAGUCUAUCUUGUUGGAAGCAAAGGAAUGGCGGACGAAUUAGAUUUAAUGGAUAUUCAAUAUGUAGGAGAAGGUCCAGACCCUGCAACAUCUUUGGACAUUGAUGAAUGGAAAGCAUUAUCUAUUGAUAAAGAGGUAAAAGCUGUACUCGUAGGUUUUGACGAACAUUUCAGUUACAUCAAACUAAUUAAAGCAAGUACAUAUCUCAGUGAUCCGGGAUGUGUAUUCAUUGCAACUAAUCAAGAUGAAAAGUUUCCAGUCACAGGGGACAUUGUUAUUCCAGAUGUCGGUGUCCUUGUAUCAGCUGUCGGGACGGCAGUACAACGCCAACCAGUAGUGGUCGGAAAACGGGCGAAUAUCUUUUUCAAACUGCAAUGGUAUCAAUCUGCAAAAAAAGUGGUGAUUGGUGACCAGUUAACGAGUGAUAUCUUAAUGGGGAGACGAAAUGGUUUGAAAACUCUUCUGGUAGAAACAGGUCUCGAUAAAAGGAGUGACGCGAUAGAGAACAUGCAAAGCAAGUCAACUGAAUGA